UGAAAAUAAAACCCGUAAAAUGGCCUCAAAAACUGCUAUACUGAAUUUUUUUAUAUGCAAUUACAUCAUUUCUAAAAGUCUUUUACGGGAGUUUCACAUUUUUUAUACAGGAUUAUUCUUUCCUGUAAAUAGCUAUUUGCUGUUGAAGACAAAAUUGUCAAACACAAUUUUUUAAUGCACAUUCAGCCUACUCGCACCGUAUUUCUAAAUCAGUUGUGCUGUUCAUUCGCCCAAAACUAGUUUAACCACUGAUCUAUAUGUUACAUCAUCAACUUUGAAUUCGCAUGUUCUUGACUUUAUAAAAUUUUAUUUUCAAUUCAUGUAACUGCAGAUUUUAUGUAAAAACACCAUAGCACAAAAAUGUCACCUGUACUAAAUACACCAGGCAACAAAAAACCAAAGAUGUGUGUUUGGGCGGAUUUAUCAGUUCAUGAUAUGGACCAAAUCAUGGAGGAAGGAAGCACAAACAGAAAGAAACAAUUGCUCAAAACAACUCUAAAACUUGAAGAAUCGCCAAGAAGUGAAAUACUGUUAGAUUUAUUCCUUCAUACAUUACGAUUUGCAAAAACACACAAGUACAAAAAAGACCAAACAUCAGCUUUAUUUUCAAUCGUGAAGCAAACUCAUGAAGUUUGCACCUCAACACCUUUUGGCAACAUGCAAGAAUGUUUUCAGUUCUUCAGGGAAAUGAUGUUACUACACUCCGUACAUCGGCCACCAUGGAGUGUCGAGCUUUUUAACGCACAACAACUUGAAGAAAUCACAGCCCACGUGAUCAAUACUUUCUUUCGCCACUAUAAACUUUAUAAAUACGCUUUCACUCCUAAAGUACGACUCGAUUUAUCGAUAAAUUAUGAAGGACGAGCUCCUUCACCAGAACCUAUCGAUAUUGAUGAUGAAACCGAAACUGACAGAGGUCCAUCCUCAGCAGGUGCAGUUUCAGAGUCUCAGUCACCUCGCAGUGUAAAACCAGAAAGUCCAAUUCCUAAGACACCAGAAGCUACGAAGGAAGAGCCAACAGAGUUAGAAAUUGUGGUGCGAAAAGCUGUUUCUGAACAACUCAAGCAGAUGCAGAAGAAUGUCGAAAAGCAACUAGAGGAUACUGACAAAUUGAUCAGUGAAAAAAUAUUAAAUUUAGAACAAGGACCUGCAUCUCCUAAAGGCAAGAAAUCGCCAAAAGGAAGUGCGAAAGGAAAGAAAAAAUAAUACUUUUGUGUUCAAAAUUUUUUAUGAUUUAAAUUACAAAUACAAUCCCACUUUAUGAGA